GAAGUAAGAUCAAUAUCAACAACCUGAGUUUACAACUCAAGUCGAACUUCGCUGCAGUAGCGGAUAAUAUUUUUGAAGUUAUUGUUGUAACUUCUUACGCUUUAAUAUUGCCCGGUGCAUUAUGGGGGAAGCUUCAGCCCGUGCGCUGUGGCGGCGGUUUAUCUCUGUGCUCAAACUCAAUGGCUAGUUUGGAGAUAGGUUAGCUCACUUUCUGUCAGCUGACUGGCUUGAACUCACUUUGGCCGUCUCGGGCAGAAAACUGUCGUCUGAUAUGCUCGGAUAUUGCUUUCGGGUUAGUUUGAACACUGACGUAGGCUUAGUCAGAGAGUGUGCUCGCUGCUGUUGACGCGUCCCGGUACAGUCGUCUUUGCAAUGAUCCUGCAGCUGCUGCCACCAGUCAUCUAGCUGGCUCCUCUCCUCCUGUCCCCCCUCCCUUAAUGGCUCACUGCGGCUCCUCCGAGCCCAGCGCAAAGGUACAGGCCCCGCACCCGGACAGCAUCCUGCCCCCACAGGACGGCGUAGACCAGAGCAUGAAGCCGGUGCUGUUUGAGAUCUUCGGCGAGCUUUGGACCGUGCAGUCGCGUCUCGGCCAGGGAGUCUCGGCCUCGGUGUACCGGGUCAGUUCGGGCAGAGCCACUGCAGCUGUGAAGGAGUUUCAAGCCGACACUCAGGGAGGAGAUUACGGGUAUCACAAGGAGAGGUCCGUGCUGGAAGACAUCCAGGGGCAUAAAAACAUUGUCACACUGUAUGGAGUGUUUACCAACCACAGCUCUAUGGGUGUCACCACACGCUGUCUUUUGCUGGAGCUCCUGGAUGUCAGCGUGUCUGAGCUGCUGGUGAGACGCAACAGUAGUACCCAAGGUGUAAGAGCCCAGCAGGGCCACUCCAUGUGGCUUGUCCAGCACUGUGCCAGAGACAUCCUCGAGGCUCUCGCCUUCCUUCACAAAGAAGGCUACGUCCAUGCAGACCUCAAACCACGCAACAUCCUCUGGAGCGCUGAUGACGAGUCCUUCAAGCUCAUCGACUUUGGCCUCAGCUUCAAACAGGGAAACCAGGAUGUCAAGUACAUCCAGACAGACGGGUACCGCGCACCGGAGGCUGAGCUUCAGAACAGCCUGGCUCAGGCGGGGGUGGAAAUGGAGGGAGACUCGGGCUGCACGGCCGCCGUCGACCUGUGGAGCUUGGGCAUCAUCCUGCUGGAGAUGUUCUCAGGAAUCAAACUCAAAGACACCGUCCGCUCGCAAGAGUGGAAGGAUAACAGCUCUGCCAUUGUAGACCAUGUCUUUGCCAACAACAGCCUGGCAUGCCCUGCCAUCCCCGUCUAUCACCUCAGAGACCUUAUCAAAAGCAUGCUUGUCACCGAUCCAAAACAAAGAUGCACAGCUGAAACUGCCCUGCUGAGCCCAUUCUUCAGUAUUCCCUUUGCACCUCACAUUGAAGACCUGGUUCUGCUGCCUUCUCCUGUUCUGCGUCUGCUCAACCUAAUCGAUGACAGCCACCUGCACAAUGAGGAUGAAUAUGAAGAUAUCCUGGAGGACAUGAAAGAGGAGUGCCAGAAGUACGGAUCCGUGGUUUCUCUGCUCAUCCCCAAGGAGAAUCCAGGGAAAGGACAGGUGUUUGUGGAGUAUGCCAACUCCAGCGACUGCAAAGAGGCUCAGAGGCUGCUGACAGGCCGCACCUUUGAUGGAAAGUUUGUCGUGGCUACCUUCUACCCUCUGAGCGCCUAUAAAAGAGGUUACCUCUAUCAGACUGUCCAGUGAACUUUUAAAUCCUCAAUUUACACCUCAGCAUAGUUUGCAUGUUAAAAACACAACUGCAAAGGUCACCAAUGAGUAGCUGCCCUGCAGUUUAAGCUCUUUCAGAUAUGAGUGAGUGUAGUUCUGCAUGCAGUUUUCUACAGCAAAUCUGUGUUUCAUGCAGAGUGCAAACUGAGCUGUGGUGAGCCUCCGCCUUCAGUCUGUGUGCUCUUUUUUUAUCCAUCCAGUGCUUUAAUAUAUACUAGAUCUGUCUCAUUUAAUAUCUGUUAGCCAGAGGCCUGCGUUCUGGGGACCGCAGUGCCUGUUCGAGCUUCCGUAUCACUUUCAUUCACUCAUAAAACCUCCCAUCAGAGUUGCAAGAUGAAAUAUUACAGCUCUGCACUGCAUUUAAAAACUUCUAAAGGACAUCUCACUUGAUAAAUAUAUAGAUAGAGACUUUAUUUCAUCAGCUUUAUACAGAAUGCUGCUAAAAACAUGUAGCAGAUGUUAAGUAGUAAUUUAAAGGGAGUUUUAUGCAUCAAACUCAAAACUAAUGACAAAACACCCUGAAAAUCACACCCCUUCAAAGUGGAAAAUUUACUGUGGUGAAAGCAUUCUAUUAAUAUUGCCUAUUUAUAUAUCUUUUUAGGUUAAACAUUUUAGAGGAAAUGACAUGGUACCAGGGGAAUAUCCAGGUGUCUUCUGCCUGUUUUCAGGGAGAUAUUGUUUGACUAAUGCUUCCACUAGCUGGUAGUUUUCACUCACUAACUCACUGCCAUUAUCUGAGCAAGCCGAGGGGUCUCUGCACCCUAUCCUGUAGCCUUAUGCAUCGUAGCCUUUCAUUUAAAGCCAAUGUGCUCUAUUAUCUAUUUUGAUUAUUUUUAUUGUUUGUGAAACUCUUCAGAAAAACACGCAGUAAGCAUAGUUGUUGUGUUUUUUCACUGCAACACACAAGCAAGAAAAUUAAGAGAUAAAACUGAAGAACUAGUAGGUAAAUAAGUCUGUGAACAAAAAAUGGUUCCAGCAGAGGUGAAAAUGUCUUCUAACUUCCUCUAACUUGAGCCAGUGAUGUGUUCCGUUUACCUCGUAGUUUUGUAGUCCGGAGCCAAAGCAUCAACCAGAUAUUGGAUGCAGAUGUGUGCAGUGGGGCAUUGGAGAUUACCCUGAACAAGUGGUGUAAAGCCACUACCUGGAGGAUAUUUGUAGCCUCUUUCAUUAUCACUUUUUUUUUUAAGACAAUCUUGAGUUGGUACAGUCCGUGUUGCUGUCAUCACUGUUUUUAAAUCUUGCACAUUGUGGCUUUAAAGGCUGUGCAGCACUGUUGCAAGGUGAAGGCUACUAUACUAACUAGAUAAGGUUUAAUAUAUGACAAGCUUCCAGUGUGUUGGUGCAUGAUCCAGGUGAUUGAUUGUACACUGCCAGCCCAGUGUUGUAGCAUCAUCGUCCUUUGGUAGCACUUUUCAUACUAAAGUCAGUUUCUUGAAAUGCUGCUUUUUGCAUGAUGAGGAAAAACAAAGAAAACAAAACAUGUAGCCUUGAGAUAAAGAUUUCCUGGAGCCAACAAAGUUAAUAAUUUGCAUCUUUUAGCAGCAGGUUUUGGUGUUUUUGCAGUGGAAUGUGUUUUUUGUUUUCUUGGGGUUUUUUUCUUCCUUUACUGGGUUUAUAGUAAACACCAAGACCGCUCUGAAAGUCUUUUUGAAACAUCAGACAAUUUCUACACAAGUGCCCUAUGACAUUCACAGGCUAGCUAACUAACCAAAAUGCUGCUACAACAGCUGAUUGUGCUACAGCUGCAUGUGCUUAUAGCUAAAGCCUUUGCUGAUGCCUUAUGAAAUAACCUCCUUCCAGCAGUUUUAGUGUCCACACAAAUUAAAGUGGACUGUUACCAACAAUAACCUGGAACAAAUCAUUUUUCUCUAUUCCUUCAUUAGUUGCUCACUGCUAAUUUUUCUUCUUAUAGCUUAAGUAGCUAUUAAUCAAAAGCUCGAAGCUACAUUUGACAGUGCAGGUGUUAGCUGCGGUAAACACUAAUGCUAAUAAUGCAAGAUUCUAGAAGUGAAAUUCCCGUUAUAUUCUUCAUGUUGAUUUUGAUCGUGAGCUGUAAUUUUGUAACCAUCCAAAGCAGACUGGCUACAGGCGACAACAUUAUGAAGCAGUGCUGUGUGCUCCUGUAGAAAGCAGAUAGCAACCUUGUCUUAACAAAAAAAAAAAAAAACAUUUUAUUCAUAGUAGAGUAAAAUGGAAAAGAACUACUUCACCCACAAUCAUGACCUAAAUCCUCAAAUUCUGACUUGAAUCCUUCUUGAAAUGGAAAAGCCGCAAACAGUGAUUCCAGGCAGGAACAAAGCCCUUUACUCUAUUGAGAACUUCUACUUUACUACAUACGCAAACACCAACUACAAAAUAUAUUGACAGCUAUUAUUUUACAACACUAUGAUGGGGAACACGAUUAAAUUCAAUUCAAUUCAAUUCAAUUCAAUUCAAUUUUAUUUAUAUAGCGCCAAAUCACAACAAAAGUCGCCUCAAGGCGCUUUAUAUUGUACAGUAGAUAGCACAAUAAUAAAUACAGAGAAAAACCCAACAAUCAUAUCAUAUGACCCCCUAUGAGCAAGCACUUUGGCGACAGUGGGAAGGAAAAACUCCCUUUUAACAGGAAGAAACCUCCGGCAGAACCAGGCUCAGGGAGGGGCGGCCAUCUGCUGCGACCGGUUGGGGUUCAAGAAGGCUGAAAGUUGUUUCCUCUGGAAUCUGGGGUGUGCAGUGCAUUGUGGGAUGUCUAGUUCCUUCUCCGUUAAAAGUAACUUAUGCACAUAUUAUUGUACCUUUUGCUUUUUUCCCUUUAUUGUUUUUACCAUAGUAAAUCUUUUUGUGGUAUUUUUUUGUUUUUAUGAUUCCCCUCGUAGCUGGUUGGCUUGAUUUGAGGCUUAAAACUCUUUAACUUUCUGAACAACAACGUGUAAAGUCCUUUGAGUGCUUAGAGUAGAAAAGCACUAUAUGAGAACCAGUCCACAUAACUGGAGAAAAUGAAUGGGAUAUUCACUUCUAGAACCGGAGCCCUUAGAAACAUGGGUGGUUACUGUUGAACUAGCAACAGCUAGCAACAAAACACCUUUGAUUAUAUUAAACUGAACAAAGGUUUUUUGUUUUGUUUUUUUGCUCAAAGUUACCCUUACAGUUGAGCCGUUAUGCUUUUCCUUGUUUUCUGCCACUGAGGGCAGAUUUCCAUAAUAUAUCUUGUGUUUUAUGAGGGUUAGCUAGUCAGAAGAAAUUUGGCUCAAAGGGAGAGGAAACGAUUUGUUUCAGACAGGGUCGACUGAAGAGUAAGGCUCAGAAUGUGGUAAAAGGAGUUAUUCUGAAGAGUGAAACAUGCAAAGUCACUGUAUUGGAGUCCAGUCAUAAUGAUAUUGAGCUGGCGUAAUAAGUCUUCUUUAAAGUCUGGUGUGUGAAAAGCAGUAGCUGGGUAUGCUGCUGAAAUAUAAAAACGUGAUAGAAACCAGAUGGUGACGUCGAUGAGGAGAAUAAGUUUAUGCAUCAAUACUCUUCUUUUCUUUUCUUUUUUUUCCUUUUUCUUUUUUUUAAAAAUAAAAUCCGAUUUCAUUUGGAUUAUACUUAAAAUAUACAAACCUAACUCAAAGAGAAACAGCAGUGUUAUCCUUGGAAAGGUCUAAAGAUGUAUUUUUCUACAAACUUUAUGUUUUUGCCUGAAAUGUGAAUUCCAAAGUUGAGAGCAUCUCUGUUGAGUUGAGAGCUGAGAGCAUCGCUGCCCUGAAAUCUUGAUUUUUAAAACUUGAGUCCUUCCAACCACUUUAUGGUAAAGCAGGUUGUAGAUCUGUGGCAUGUAAGCACAUUAUGUAACUGUAAAACAAGGCUAAAUAAAAAAAACACCCCACAUAUUCUCACCCAGUCAGAUUAAUUAAUUGGCUUACAAAGUGUUACAAGGAGAGAUUGAAUAUUGUGAAUGAAUUCCUUGUUUAUGUGGAAAAUAGUAAGCUAUUCUCCAAAUAAAAUGGGCUGUAAGGGUGGUUUCACUACUCAUGAAUACCGGCUGGGGCCAUCCACAGUUUCUUUUGGACUGCCAGCCACAACACACAAUAAACCAGAGAAGCACAGAGACGAAGUUAAAGAUGUUCGACUGAAAAAGAACAGAACAUGAAUCCACACUGUCAUCGUUAAAGCACUGCAUCAUGGUUAGUUUCAUAUGUUUUUGUCGUAUAUAAUCAGUUGAGUUGAGUUGUGGUUUUUACUGUUAGUAGUUUAUAGUGAAAAGGGCAAAGCAGGUCUGUCUGUGGCUGCACCUUAAAAAUGAUAAUGUGACCAGCUGGCUUUUAUAAACGGAUAGAAAUACUCGUUGAUUUUAUGAAGCGUUUGUUACCUGAAUGUCUGAGUCCAGUGCUGCUCUUUAUUUCACUGGAAGCAUGAAUAUAAAAAGAAAAUGCUUCCACAGAGCUGUGAGAGAGAGACGUGGGGGGAAUCCUUUGGUAGUUUUAAAUGUCUGAGUGGAAUAUUUAUUCAGGUUGCAGGUUUUUUAAUGUGUUCGCUGAUGGUGAUGUGAGCUCUAUGAUGCAGAAACAAUGGGGGUUUUGAGUUUGUUUAUGAUUUUCUUUAUUCAUUUAGGUAAACUUGCAGUGUGGAGCUUUGUCUCCCGUGUCUGGCAGUGGAAGUCAUUUCAUCAACACUGUUAACGCAUGCUGACCAUGAUUGUUUUUAGACACAUCAUCAGAAACUCUUCUUGGAAGUUUCCUAGGUUUUUUCCACUUUCCUCUACUCUGUUUGCAUUACUGUGGUUGCUUAACUCUUCAGUUGUGGCAAACCAGUUAUUGCUGGGUAGACAUAAAACACAUUGCUACCAGUGCAUCAAAUUUAAAACUCCGGUACUCUAUGAGCAAUCAUAAGCUUAAUAAGCUUUGUGUUUAGAAAGACCUUGAAUGUGUGCCACAGUCCAGCUUUACAUUUUGAGAUUGGGUAAAGUUUAUUUAGAUUUUUGUUUUUUAAUAUCUUAGUUUAAAAAAACAUUUUUCUUUGCUCGAGGCAGAAAAGACGCUCAGCGCCGCCUCAUGCUGCUGGCACUCGCAGCAACUCGAGCAACUGAAAACGUACGCUGGCCUGAAAGUAAUCCACAGAUGGUUGUUUGGCUACAUUUUUGAAACCCUGCAGAUAGGAACUGCAUUUAUGUACUUUUAUCACUCAUAAGAGAGCAAAGUGUGAGCAAAUCAGAAUAUCCACGGUAGUGUUACGCCUCCUGUUUACGCCCUCUGAGGCUUGUAUCUCUAUCUUGUCUCUGAGGCAGCUCCUCACUUAAGACUUAAAUCCAUUAUUUUGUCUUGAUAGACUUCUUAGGCACUCAGUUAAGGUUGUUGAUUAUAAAUGUAUUUUCUUCAUUUACACGACUGCUUGUUGCAGCACUAAUGCACACUACUUUAUGUGCGAAUGCAUUAGUGUUUGAAGUAUCUGGUUCUCUGUGUGUGUGUUUGUGGCAUUAGAGCUCCUCAGAGUAUUUUAUGAUGUUGUUCAGCAGACAAAUGAAGAAUAUGAGGGUUCAGAAGUGGGCGAUGAUUUUCUCUGUCUUUCUUCCAGUUAGCUGUCCCACUUUUGACCUGCAUUUGAGUGUGUAUGCAGAGGAUUUUGAUCCUUCUUUUUCCCCCUUUUUUUCCAGUUUCAUCCUGCCUGCUCUUGUAGUCUUCCAUCCUUCUUCCCAAAUCCACUGCUGUGAUUCAAACGUGGCUCCUAAGUGCUUACUUUUCCAACUUUUUUUUAAGUUGUAGAAAAUGAGAUUUGUUCUCUGCAUAUUCCAUCUACUUCACUUAAAUUCUGGGUUUGUUUUCCUUGUAGCUGCUAGUGAAUCAAGGUGCAGCUUUAAGUCAGUCCAUUUUCUAUAUUUCUGCCAUCAAAGAUAUAUUUUUUCAGAGUGCACUUUAUCUUCACUGCACAUUUAUUGUGCAUCUAGAUAGUGUCUUAUAUGUGUGCACACCUGUGUGGAGGAUGAAAUAGCAGUGAAAAAGUUAAAGCCUUCUAGCUGUGUGCAUGGCGUGAUAUGUAAUAUGUGGUGGGACUAUACUGCUCCAUCAGCAUGUGUGUAUGUGUGUGGUGAUAUGGCUCUAUAUACCAGUUUGCUUGCAAAGGCAAUCGAAAAAUUCUUUGAAAUGACAAACAGGGAGUCAGUUUAGAGCUGAAGAGUGAGUGAAUAUGAAAAAGUGUCGCCAGCUGUUUAAUCUUUAACACAACUGUUGUAUGAUGUCCUGUUAUUGAAAGCACAUUAUCAAAUGAAUAUCUUGAAAUUCUUUACAGCACAGCAGAUAAAAGCUGAAGAUUAGAUCAAAUAUAAAGAACAUCAGCUGCUUCAUUUACACAAAACAUCAACUGACAGUGAAAUGAGCGAGCUAAACGUGAGCAAGAACACUACAACAGUAGAAAUGUCCUGUUGGUUCAGUUUUUUUUGCUGAAUUUGAAUUUAACAUGCUGCAUAUUGACAAAGUGUUUAGAAAAGUGUUCUUCGUGUGAAUAAUUGUCAUUUUUCUUUUUAAAUCUUUUAAAGCUGCAAUAAUUGAUCUGAUUUUUCAAGCUAGUAAAUCCAAACAAUAAUUCUACAUGGGUUAAGGGGAAAAAAAAGCUCUGUGGAGCUGAGAAGACAGUCACUCCUUAUGACAUCUUUCACGUUACCCUUUGUCAUUUGACAACAAAAACACUGAUUAGUGCAGCUUUAAAAGUGUGUUUUCUGCACAAACAGGUCCCAGAGUACUGACCUGAGUUAUCUUUUUUCUAUUUCUUUAUAAUAUCUGACCAACUACUGUUGUAAAAUCAGGUUUGGGUAUAAAUGCCAAGCAGGCAGCACAAUCUCUGAGGGCUCAGAAAUACCAAAUCCAGACCGGAGUAUCACCUGAGUGAAACCAAAUGAUUUGAGAAGCGAGAGAACUUGCACAGUAAUUGUUGUCAUUUCGAGUCCGAACAAAUUUAAAAAAAAAAAGUCUUUUAGUGUAAUCAUUUAAAGAGUCGAAAGACAAUCCACAAGACAAAUGUUGCCUUCUGUUUUUGGUUGAGGCCUUCCUGUUGAUUUUAUGUUUGAGAAACAGUUUACUGAAUGUUAAAGUUAGAUGAUCUUCCAGAGAGCAGUGGGUCCAUUUGAAGCUCAAAACUGACUGAUUGCUCAUAAAUCACAGCGAUGUGAGGAUUUCUGUCCUCAGUGAGGAGUCCUUCUUACUGAAUAUCCCACUGGUCACUGAAAACAGAUGAUUGUUUUUGAUUGUUACAGAUUGUCUGCUUAGAGAAAGCACAAUGUAAGAAGGUCACUGUAUGCAAGAUGCAUGCAACACGUGUGAACCUGUGUGUGUUAAUCCAUUCUAUAGAGCCUUCCAGAUCACAGUAACCCAUGGCACUCACUGUGUUUGAGUGUAUUACAAUAAAAACAAUGCUUGACUUGAAA